AUGGCCGAAGUACAACUUUUUCAGAAGUACAAGGAGGUUGCCUCUUUGGCGCCCCAGCCGAUCUCUAUUGCUCAUAACCCUGAGCGAUUUGAGGAUGCGUUUAACAACAUUGUCAAGGAUGAAGAAGGCAAGAAAUGGCUCGAUGCAACUCUUAACUUCCUGAAGAAAAACAUGCCAAAUGGGGCUGCUGUUAUGUCUGCUCCGAAAACCGCAGCAGCGUGGCAGCAGAAGGCCGGUAUGAGUGGUGCCUAUGCAGGAUUCAUCUGCUACAGCCUGAGUGGUUGGUCUCAUGGUAUUAAAAAGAGCUUCAAGGGUAGUUUCUGCGGCGUUUCAUUCCCUGCCGGGUCGCUCACUGGUGAAGUGUAUUUCAACAGCGUCAAUGACUUAAAAGGCGACUGUGAGAUAUACUGCGAAACUGUUGGGCCCUACUAUGCCAUCCAAUUCUGGCAGGGUGGCAACUACAUAGCGGUCUGGCAUUGUUUCAAUCUCUCUAUUCCUCUUGUUGGCGCUGGAGGAGGUACUGUGACGUGGUAUGACGAUUAA